CAAGCAGACGUCUACGGGAUAGAGUUAUAAUACUCCUAACGCACCUGUGUCAUGGCGCCUUCUUUGCACGUCCGGCCACCACAUUCAGCUCUUCCACCAACUGCCCUACCCUGAUUCGAGAGAUGGAUCCGGGCUUCCCACACCCACCACACCCGCCGCCCGAAUAUACCAGUCGACCUGCCACUCCCCGUCGCGAGGUUCAUGAUUUCACCCACGAUGCUGCCCGCUCUUCCACCUCCGCAGGUUCAAGAAAUACACCCCGCGGCGCUGUAUUCCGCCCGCAAGGCGAAGAUAUUCUUCCUAACGACUCCCGCUCGACGUCCCACAAAAUCGCCGGAAACGAAGACUGCAUCCCCACCCAUAUUCUUGCUGAGUCAAUAGAGUUAGCAGAGCUGCAUCGUAUGGCAUUAGAGUUAACGUCUGAGCAUGGUGUUGCUGGCAAUGAUGCCGGAUCGCAAUAUGAUGAUUUUGGGGAGCUAGAUGGUGCCCACCCUCACGGUAUUGGCGCAGCAGUUGACGACAAUGCAUUGCCAGGAUACGAAGACUUCGUCGAGCCAUAUGGACGGGCCGUCCCUUCAGUACAGACAGGCAUCUACCAUGGACGAAUAAUGCCACGGGAAAACGCUUCUGCAUUGGGCUAUGGACCUGGAAAUUGGUUCGCAAAUGCUGCUCCCGCGUUGUCAACUGUACAGCCGGGGCUAGCAACACACGCACAUACUAACUACCCUGUACCGUAUGAAGUCAGGUUUUAUCCAAACGUCCACCAGGUUCGCCUGGUCGGUGCGGGAUCAAUUCGCGUCAACGCGGGAGAAGGUAAUAGCAAUCAUGGUCUGCACGAUACAGAGCCCGCGCAGGGGAAUAUCGCACCAGCUAACACUAAUGCAAACCUGCCAAAGCCUCCAACACCCCCAACCCCUCCGCGCCCCCAAAACAACACCGAUAACGAAAGCGCUUCAGCAACCAGCCCACCCGCGGACGGAGAGUAUGAGGACUGGGACGAUCGCCCCGGACCACCCCCAAAUCCCAACGAUGACAAUGCCGAAACUGGCCCCAGCGCGCGCAUAGUGUACCCCCGUCCUACUGUUAACUUGAAGCACGCCAUCUGGGUACUUGUUGGUCUGACUACUCUUGUCACGGUCGUUGUUUCUAUAGUGUUAACUAGCCGGCGGACGAAGUAG